UUCUACUUUUAUAUUUAACUUUCUCUCCACCCUGUAGGUUCGUCUGUUUCAAUGGUGCGACUCUCUUCAUCCCCUUUUGGUUGCCAGUCACAUUCAGAGGAAGGAAGAGAGGGGAAUAUGAAGUCAGCCAAGCCCCAGGUGAACCACAGUCAGCAUGGGGAAAGCCAGCAGGCCAUGAGUCCCCUACACUCGAUUCUCACUUCACCUGCCUCUCCUGCUCAGGCAUAUGAAACCUAUAUUGAUAAUGGACUCAUAUGCCUUAAACACAAAAUUAGAAACAUCGAGAAAAAGAAGCUCAAAUUGGAAGAUUAUAAGGACCGCCUAAAGAAUGGAGAGCGACUUAAUCCAGACCAGUUGGAAGCAGUAGAAAAAUAUGAAGAAGUGCUUCAUAACUUGGAAUUUGCCAAGGAGCUUCAGAAAACCUUUUCUGGACUGAGUCAAGAACUGCUUAAAGCUCAGAAGAAAGCCCAGAGAAGGGAGCAGAUGCUAAAACUUGAGGCUGAGAAGAAAAAACUUCGAACAAUACUUCAAGUUCAGUAUGUAUUACAGAACUUGGCACAGGAACAUGUGCAGAAGGACUUGACAGGGGGAUUGAAUGGUGCAGUGUAUUUGCCUUCAAAAGAACUUGACUACCUCAUUAAAUUUUCAAAACUGACCUGCCCUGAAAGAAAUGAAAAUGUGAGCGUUGAAGACCAGAUGGAGCAGUCAUCCUUGUACUUUUGGGACCUUUUGGAAGGUAGUGAGAAAGCAGUGGUAGGAACGACAUACAAACAUGUGAAAGACCUGUUGUCUGAACUCCUAAACUCAGGAUAUUUUGAAAGUAUCCCAGUUCCCCAAAAUGCAAAGGAAAAAGAAGCACCUGUUGAGGAAGAAAUACUGACAAAAUCAGACGAGAACAAACAAUUAUUGAAAACAGAAUCUGUCAAAGACUCAGAGUCUCUUGUGGAACUUGCACAGCCAGAGAUACAGCCACAAGAAUUUCUUAACAGGCGCUACUUGACAGAAGUAGAUUAUCCAAACAGACAGGAUGAAGAGAAAUCCUGGGAAGAUGAUUAUGCUAGAAAACCAAAUCUUCUCAAAAGUUGGGAUAUGCUUACAGAGCCAGAUAAUCAGGAAAAGAAACAUGAAUCCUUCAAGUCCUGGGAGUCUCCUGUUAAGCAACAGGAGUCACCAAAGCCAACAAAACUGGAGGAACGGAGGAAACAAGAGAUUUCAAAGCUCAGGGCUCCUUUGCAAGAAGGGCAGAAGAAGCAGGAGACAUCCAAGUCCAAGUCAACUCCUGUCCAAUGGAAACAAGAAACUUCCAAGUCAAAAGUAGAAUACAUUCAAGAGGAGCAGAAGAAGCAGGAGACACCAAAGCCUUGGCCAGUUCAGCUGCAAAAAGAGGAUCCAAAGAAACAAACUCCAAAAUCUUGGGCAUCUUCUCUGCAGAGUGAACAGACCAUCACCAAAUCAUGGAGCACUCCUGUGUGUGAAAAACAGGACUCAAGACAAUCAGAGAUGCUCAAAUCUUGGGAAAACAGUGUUGAGAAUAAAAAACACCCUUUAACACUUCAAUCACAGAUCUCUCCAAAGUCCUGGGGAGUAGCCACAGCAAACCUCAUUCCAAAUGAUCAGCUCUUGCCCAGGAAGUUUAAUACAGAAUCCAAAGAUGUGCCUAAACCUAUGCAUCAGCCUGUAGCUUCUUCCUCUUCUCUUCCAAAGGAUCCAGUACUGAGGAAAGAAAAACUGCAGGAUCUGAUGACGCAGAUUCAAGGAACUUGUAAUUUUAUGCAAGAAUCUGUUCUGGACUUUGACAAACCGUCAAGUGCAAUUCCGUUGUCACAGCCGCCUUCAGUUGCUUCAGCCAUCCCAGUCGCAUCUACGGAACAAAAUCCACCCAGUCAAAAUGACUUUCUUCAAGAGCCAUUACAGGGUACUACUUCUCCAGUUCCUUGUAGCUCAAAUGCUUGUUUGGUCACUGCUGAUCAGACUUCUGGAUCUGAAACGGAGUUUGUGACCUCAGGAACUCCUGAGGCAGCAGCUCCUCAAAGCAAGCAGACAUCUUCAUUAGCAUCUCCAAAUCCUCCCUUGUCCCUGAGCUCUGAACAGGGAUUCCAGUCACCUCCAGCAAGUAGUAGUUCAGUAACCAUUAACACAGCACCCUUUCAAGCCAUGCAGACAGUAUUUAAUGUUAAUGCACCUCUCCCUCCACGGAAAGACCAAGAACUAAAAGAACCCUCUUAUUCACCUGGCUACAAUCAAAAUUUUACUACAGCAAGUACACAGACACCACCGCAGUGCCAACUGCCAGCCAUACACGUAGAACAAACUGUCCUUUCUCAAGAGAUUGCAAAUUACCACCCUGAUGGAACUAUUCAAGUAAGCAAUGGUAGCUUUGCCUUUUACCCAGCACAGACGAAUGUAUUUCCCAGACCCACUCAGGCAUUUGUCAACAACCGGGGAUCCGUUAGAGGAUGCACGCGUGGUGGGAGACUACUGAUCAACUCCUAUCGGUCCCCUGGUGGUUAUAAAGGUUUUGAUACAUAUAGAGGACCUCCUUCAAUUGCAAAUGGAAAUUAUAGCCAACUACAGUUCCAAGCUAGAGAAUAUGCUGGAACAUCUUAUUCCCAAAGGGAAAAUUUCCAGCAGUGUUAUAAGCGAGGAGUAGCAUCUGGUGGUCCUCGGGUGAAUUCAAGAGCUAACUACUUCAUUAUGAGAAACUCACUGUUGCUAAUAAAACAGCAGGGUGGAGUGAUUCUUCUCAGGUGAGCAGCCCAGAAAGAGACAACGAAACCUUUAACAGUGGUGACUCUGGACAAGGAGAUUCCCGUAGCAUGACCCCUGUGGAUGUACCAGUGACAAAUCCAGCAGCCACCAUACUGCCAGUACAUGUCUAUCCCCUGCCUCAGCAGAUGCGAGUUGCCUUCUCAGCAGCCAGAACCUCUAAUCUGGCCCCUGGAACUUUAGACCAACCUAUUGUGUUUGAUCUUCUUCUGAACAACUUGGGAGAAACUUUUGAUCUUCAGCUUGGUCGAUUUAAUUGCCCGGUGAAUGGCACAUAUGUUUUCAUUUUUCACAUGCUAAAGUUGGCAGUGAAUGUCCCACUGUAUGUCAACCUCAUGAAGAAUGAAGAAGUCUUGGUCUCUGCAUAUGCCAACGAUGGUGCUCCAGACCAUGAAACUGCUAGCAACCAUGCAAUUCUUCAGCUUUUUCAGGGAGAUCAAAUAUGGUUACGUUUGCACAGGGGUGCAAUUUAUGGAAGUAGCUGGAAAUAUUCUACAUUUUCAGGCUAUCUUCUUUAUCAAGAUUGAAAGUCUGUAUAGAAUUGACAAUAAAAGGAAAGUAAUUGUUCUCACUGGUGGAUUAAGAAAAAGUAGUCUUUGUUCUCAUGACUGAUUGGUUUAGAAAAAAUGUUUUCAUGCAUAAGAAAGGAGGAGGGCCUUACUAUUUUUUUUUUCCUCCCCAAGGUUAAACAUUUCAAGUUGAAUGAUAAUUAGCACUAAUCUGGCACCUUAAAAUUGUGAUGUAGCCUUGCUAGUCAAGCUGUGAAUGUAUAUUGUUUGCACUUAAUUCUUUAAUUGUAUUAAUGUUCUACUUACUAAACUGCCUCAAGUUCAGGCAAGUUAUAAUGCCUUGUUGUGCCUCAAUAAUAAUAAAAAAAUUAUGUGCAC